GGGCUCGGGCAGCCUCUCGGAGUCACACAGCACCCCCCUCCCACCCCCGGCAGACAAAGGGCCCGGGCAAACUCGCCGCCCGGCCUCCUUGCGCUCCGGGGAGGCGGCGGCGCCCGCGGUGGAUCGCGCAAGGAGGCGCGCGCGGGGCAAGGAGCCGCGGCCGCGGGAGCGCGGUCCCGGAAAGAGCCGCGAGAUGCGCCUUACUCACAUCUGCUGCUGCUGCCUCCUUUACCAGCUGGGGGUCUUGUCGAAUGGGAUCGUUUCAGGGCUGCAGUUCACCCCCGAUCGCGAGGAGUGGGAAGUCGUGUUUCCUGCACUCUGGCGCCGGGAGCCGGUGGAUGCGGCGGGCGGCAGCGGGGGCAGCGCGGACCCGGGCUGGGUGCGCGGCGCUGGGGGCGGCGGAGGCGCCCGAACUCAGGCGGCCGGCAGCUCCCGCGAGGUGCGCUCGGUGGCCCCGGCGCCGCCGGGCGAGCCCGCCGAGGGCCAUUCCGCACCCCGGCCCCGACCUCGGCCGCCGUCGCCGCCAGCGGGCGAGGAGGACGAGGAGUUCGAAUCGCAGGAGCUGCCGCGGGGAUCCGGCGGGGCUGCCGCCCUGUCCCCGGGCGCCCCGGCCUCGUGGCAGCCGCCGCCCCCACAGCCACCCCCGUCUCCUCCACCGGCCCAGGAAGCCGAGUCAGACGGUGACGAGGUACUGCUGCGGAUCCCGGCCUUCUCCCGGGACCUGUACCUGCUGCUCCGGAGAGAUGGCCGCUUCCUGGCGCCGCGCUUCGCGGUGGAGCAGCGGCCGAGUCCGGGCCCCGUCCCGACGCUGGCAGCAGCGGCCCGGCGCCCUCCGGCGCCGCCCGAUGCCUCCUGCUUCUACACCGGGGCGGUGCUGCAGCACCCUGGCUCGCUGGCCUCUUUCAGCACCUGUGGAGGUGGCCUGAUGGGAUUUAUACAGCUCAAUGAGGACUUCAUAUUUAUUGAACCACUCAAUGAUACAAUGGCCAUAACGGGUCAUCCACACCGUGUAUAUAGGCAGAAAAGGUCCAUGGAGGAAAAAGUCACAGAGAAGUCAGCUCCUCACAGUCAUUACUGUGGUAUCAUUUCAGACAAAGGAAGACCUAGAUCUAAAAAAAUAACAGAAAGUGGAAGAGGGAAACGAUAUUCAUACAAAUUACCUCAAGAAUACAACAUAGAGACUGUAGUGGUUGCAGACCCAGCAAUGGUUUCCUAUCAUGGAGCAGAUGCAGCCAGGAGAUUCAUUCUAACCAUCUUAAAUAUGGUUUUUAACCUUUUCCAACACAAGAGUCUUGGUGUGCAGGUCAAUCUUCGUGUGAUAAAGCUUAUUCUGCUCCAUGAAACUCCAGCAGACCUAUAUAUUGGGCACCAUGGAGAGAAAAUGCUAGAGAGUUUUUGCAAGUGGCAGCAUGAAGAAUUUGGCAAAAAGAAUGAUAUACAUUUAGAGAUGUCUACAAGCUGGGGAGAGGACAUGACUUCAGUGGAUGCAGCUAUACUUAUAACAAGGAAAGAUUUCUGUGUUCACAAAGAUGAACCAUGUGAUACAGUUGGUAUAGCUUAUUUGAGUGGAAUGUGUAGUGAAAAGAGAAAAUGUAUUAUUGCUGAAGACAAUGGCUUGAAUCUUGCAUUUACAAUUGCUCAUGAAAUGGGUCACAACAUGGGCAUUAAUCAUGACAAUGACCACCCAUCAUGUGCUGAUGGUCUUCAUAUCAUGUCUGGUGAAUGGAUUAAAGGACAAAAUCUUGGUGAUGUUUCAUGGUCCCGAUGUAGCAAGGAAGAUUUGGAAAGAUUUCUAAGGUCAAAGGCCAGUAGCUGCUUGCUACAGACAAAUCCCCAGAGUGUCAAUUCCGUGAUGGUUCCUUCCAAGUUGCCAGGGAUGACCUACACUGCUGAUGAGCAAUGUCAGAUUCUCUUUGGGCCAUUGGCUUCCUUUUGUCAAGAGAUGCAGCAUCUUAUUUGCACAGGGUUGUGGUGCAAGGUAGAGGGUGAGAAAGAAUGCAGAACCAAGCUCGAUCCACCCAUGGAUGGAACGGACUGUGACGCUGGUAAGUGGUGUAAGGCUGGAGAAUGUACCACCAGGACCUCAGCACCUGGACAUGUGGCCGGAGAGUGGAGCAUGUGGAGUCCCUGUAGCCGAACCUGCAGUUCUGGGAUCAGCAGUCGAGAACGCAAAUGUCCUGGGCUAGGUUCUGAAGCAAGGGAUUGUAAUGGUCCCAGAAAACAAUACAGAAUAUGUGAGAGUCCACCUUGUCCUGCAGGUUUGCCUGGAUUCAGAGACUGGCAAUGUCAGGCCUAUAGUGUUAGAACUUCAUACCCAAAGCAUGGUCUUCAGUGGCAAGCUGUCAUGGAUGAAGAAAAACCAUGUGCCUUGUUUUGCUCUCCUGUUGGGAAAGAACAGCCUAUCCUUCUAUCAGAAAAAGUAAUGGAUGGAACUUCAUGUGGAUAUCAGGGAUUAGAUGUCUGUGCAAAUGGCAGGUGUCAGAAGGUUGGCUGUGAUGGUUUUUUAGGGUCCCUUGCAAGGGAAGAUCACUGUGGUGUAUGCAAUGGCAAUGGAAAAUCAUGCAAAAUUAUUAAAGGAGAUUUUAAUCACACCAGAGGAGCAGGUUAUGUAGAAGUGCUGGUGAUACCUGCUGGAGCAAGAAGAAUCAAAGUUGUGGAGGAAAAGCCGGCACAUAGCUAUUUAGCUCUACGCGACACUGGAAAGCAGUCUAUUAAUAGUGACUGGAAGAUUGAACACUCGGGAGCAUUCAACUUAGCGGGCACUACUGUUCAUUAUGUAAGACGAGGCCUCUGGGAGAAGAUCUCCGCCAAAGGUCCUACCACAUCACCUCUACACCUCCUGGUGCUGCUAUUUCAAGACCAAAAUUAUGGUCUUCACUAUGAAUAUACUAUCCCGUCGGACCCUCUUCCAGAGAAUCAGAGCUCAAAAGCACCCGAACCCCUUUUCAUGUGGACGCACACAGGCUGGGAAGAUUGUGAUGCCACGUGUGGAGGAGGAGAAAGGAAGACAACAGUGUCUUGCACAAAAAUCAUGAACAAAAACAUCAGCAUUGUGGACAACAAGAAAUGCAAAUACCUAACCAAGCCUGAGCCACAGAUUCGCAAGUGUAAUGAGCAACCAUGCCAAACAAGAUGGAUGAUGACGGAAUGGACCCCCUGUUCACGAACUUGUGGAAAAGGGAUGCAGAGCAGACAGGUGGCCUGUACCCAACAGUUGAGCAAUGGGACUCUGAUCAGAGCCCGGGAGAGGGACUGCUCCGGGCCUAAGCCUGCCUCCGCCCAGCGCUGUGAGGGUCAGGACUGCAUGACCGUAUGGGAGGCAGGAGUGUGGUCUGAGUGUUCGGUCAAGUGUGGCAAAGGCGUACGUCACCGGACCGUGAGGUGUACGAACCCUAGGAAGAAAUGUGUCCUCUCCACCAGACCCAGGGAGGCUGAAGAUUGUGAGGAUUACUCAAAAUGCUAUGUGUGGCGAAUGGGUGACUGGUCUAAGUGCUCAAUUACCUGUGGCAAAGGAAUGCAGUCCCGUGUUAUUCAGUGCAUGCAUAAGAUCACAGGAAGACAUGGAAAUGAAUGUUUUUCUUCAGAGAAACCUGCAGCAUACAGGCCAUGCCACCUUCAGCCUUGCAAUGAGAAGAUUAAUGUAAAUACCAUAACGUCACCCCGGCUGGCUGCGCUGACUUUCAAGUGCCUGGGAGACCAGUGGCCUGUGUACUGCCGAGUGAUACGUGAGAAGAACCUAUGCCAGGACAUGCGCUGGUAUCAGCGCUGCUGUGAGACGUGCAGGGACUUCUAUGCCCAAAAACUGCAGCAGAAGAGUUGACCUCUAGCAGGCUGGCUGGCUCACAGCUCUUUGCAAUUACAUUAUUUAUAAACACACACACUAGCAUGUUUCUCAGACCAAAUAUUAUCAGAUUACAUAUAAUUUAAUCAGAUUAAUUUAUUUUGGUGCCCGCCAAACAUCCAAUAUGGUGUUUGUUUUGGUCAUACAAACAUUUUGAUUUAUACUAUAUGGCUUCAUAAAUAAUUUUAUAUGAAUAAGUUGGAUCCAGUUUCCAGAAUAAAAAUAAAAAGGGAAAAAGAAAAAAAAAAACAAGAUCAUUAGGCUCUAAAAAAAAAUUUUGUUUUAAGUUAGGGCUGUCUCUAAGGUGCUACUCUCUCCCUGCCGAUACCAUUGAGUUAUCCAGAAUGUAUACUAACUUAGUGUAAUAGUUUAGUUAUAUAAGGAGAGAAGUCAUUUUUGUUUUCUUGGUUUCCUGAUGCAGAAUUAGCCCAUUUUCUGUCACCUACAGGAGAUGUGGAAACAUAACAAACCUCAGAGUGUUGAACAGGUUUUUAGAGAAUGUAUUAUGAAUUUGGUUCGGAUUUAGAGAUAUCCAUAGGAAAAAUUCUACUGUAAUUAUAACCUUAUUUUAAUAAUGGAAAGGAAAAGUCAAAAUAGAGACUUUGAUCAUGUUCAUGAACAUGUACUUGAACACAAGUAGUGUAACAAUGAAACACUGUAAUGAUUUACACUGAAUCACCAUUGCACUGUUGAUAUAGUGUAGAGAAACCAUUAUAGAAAUGGUAACAUCCUACAAAAAUAUGUAUUAUUUUAACAUGUUGUCAUUAGAUUUUAGCUUUUUAAAAUAUUUUGAACAAAGAAAGCAGCGAUCCACCCGUUUCCUUGUAUUUUUUUAGUAGAUUUAUAAAAGAGCAUAGUACUUAGCCUCACGAAUCAUCAUGAGAAAACUUACCAAUUAUUUUCCAGCCUUUUCCCUAGAAACAAGAAGAAACAAAAUGCUUAUGAUACUGUGGUAGUUUCAUUGUGUUUUUUCCUUUCGAAAACUAAAAGUUUUACAAUUCUGUGAAACGUUAAAAAAAAACAGCUUAAAUGUUUUCUUGUGAGAAAAUGUUGUACAUGAUUCACAUGAUUUCUUAGAUUUUUUUUUUCAAUAAAAUAUGUGAAGCUUCCUGUUGGGAGGCACUUCUUCACAGGUCUCUCACGUCUCUACAUAUCUUGGCACUGUCUGCUUUUGUUCGGGAGUAUCUGGUAAGGGAUGUUUGUACGGCCGUGGAAGACAGUUGCACAGCCUUGGAUAAAGAUGAUGGAGCAAAGGGCAGACGUGCCUACCUCUCCUUAUAAAGAUUUCCGGCCCUAAAACGGGGGUCCCUCUCCUGUGAUACAAGUCACUGCAUGUGCAGAUAUCACCCUGCUGUCUUUGUGUCACCCUGGGGGAAUUGGGGCUCAGGAAACUGACACAAGAAAAUGCUGACUCUGUGCUACUGCUAUUGCUGUGAGUAACAAAGUCCUUUGUCUCCAACCCAGAGACAAAGAGUCUUCUCUUUGUCUUCUGUGUUCUGCCCUUAAAGUGGGCAGGCUGAUACAACAGAUUGGAAGUAGAGUAAAACCUCAUCAUCUGCACGGUUCAUGACACAUCCCUCAUCAGUGAUUUUUUACCUUCAUUUUAAUAUGGAGGGCAUUUUGAUUCUAGAUGUCCCCUUACUUAUGUAUAUUCUUUAGCUUAAUUGCUGAGAUAUAAAAUUAUUAACUAAUAUCCACACAUCUUAAGUCAUGAGAGUACGGGCAUCGGAGAGGUAAAAAAUUACAUUUUAAGAUGAGAUGUUCUCAAUCUCAUCCCUUGAUUCCUAAGUCUGUGAAUCUAAGUAGAAAUAGCACCCUGUGGGGCACCUGGGUGACUCAAUUAGUUGGUUAAGCGUCCGACUU